AUGUUGGUGACGAGGUGUGUAGACGCAGUGCACUUCUUGGGACCUAUCACAACAAAGAACAUUGUCAUUAUCCAGGCCUGUGUCAACCGCGCAUGGAAAACUUCAAUGGAAGUAGGAGUCCGAGUCAUGACCGAGGACCUCCUUUCGGCCGACCGCCGGUACUGCUGCCACGCCUAUUUGACAUUUGUUGCCUUGCCACAAGCACCCCUUUCUACCUUAACCACCAGCCCAACUUCUCAGGGCCAAGCUCAAAAGCAACAGGAGCAGCAGGAUUCAGCGGCUGCGAAGGCAGUCUUGGUCAACUCUCCUGCAGCAAGACGAUACAGCUUCUCGCUCCCAAGCUCCAACAAAUCGGGAUCUAAAUCGGAUGGUCAUAACACUAACAACCAGCGGAAGAUCCAAUUGCCUGCCAUCGAACCCAUCACCCACAUCGAAAUGGAACGCUACACCCUCGCCCAAUCCCGUCGCGAGGCCCGUCUCCUCCAAGCAUCCAGCGAAUCCAAACUCGAGGAAGACCAACUUCUCAGCGACGUCCGUGACCAAAUGCGACACUGGAACGUCUCUCAAAUCAACCACCCGCGUACUCAAAAGCUUCCGCCCUCGUUGGUGGAUGGGUCACCUCAGAUUGCUAUGCAGGCCACGUUUUCAGAGUCGGCACAGUUAGUACUUCCACAACAUGCCAACUCGCUGUCGAUUACUUUUGGUGGCCAAGUCAUGAAGUGGAUGGAAAACGUGGCUGCAGUGUCGGCAAGUCGAUUCGCAAGGGUUCCUAUCGUCACCGCCAGUAUCGACUCCCUGCAGUUCCAUAGGAAAACCAUGAUUGGCGACUGCUUGACGAUGCGGUCGGUCGUAACUCGUGUGUUCAGGUCUUCGAUGGAGAUCUAUGUCUUUGUUGACAGUGAGAACCUUGUAACAGGAAAGCAAACCUUCACCAACGAAGCAUUCUUCUCCAUGGUCGCCCUUGAGCCGUCUCCCUCGUUAUCACCCAUCAAAACCAGUCUCCCGACACUAUUUGCCGCCUCAGAUCUUGAGCGAUCCCUUUCGGAGGCCGGAGAGAAGCGCCGCUUGGGGAGAUUGCAGCAGAGACGAGAGUUGGUCGAGAGGGAGAUGCACGGCGUGUUGCAUACACCUACAAUGGAGAGGGACGAGCAUUCUCUCAGGGUCGUUGAUCACGGAGUCAUUCAUCACACACAUGUAGAGUGA